GCCAUGUUUUCAGAGCAGUCCCGAGCAACGGUUCUCAAGUCCCGUUAAACGUUCCUCCAGUGACCGGAGCAGCUGGUACGUCUGUAUCGGUGGUUCACGGAUUUAAAGAAUGAGUAAACUCUCGUUCCGGGCUCGAGCGCUAGACGCCUCCAAACCUCUCCCAGUGUACCGGAACAGAGACGUACCGGAGCUCACGGACCUGUCCAUUAACCGGGCCGUGUUACAGAUGCCCACCGGGAUGGAGAAGGAAGAGGAGCUGGAGCACCACCUGCAGAGGGCGAUCUCAGCCCAGCAGGUGUUCAGGGAGAAGAAGGAGAACAUGGUGAUCCCUGUACCUGAAGCAGAGAGUAACACCACAUACUACGACCGUCUGUACAAAGGAGAAGUCAAGGUCCCCAAACAGCUCCUCCACAUACAGCCUUUGUGUCUGGAUCUGGAGCAGCCGGACUACGACAUGGACUCAGAGGACGAGACGCUCAUCAACAGGCUCAACAGAAAGAUGGAGAUCAAACCUCUGCAGUUUGAGACCAUGGUGGACCGACUGGAGAAGGCCACAACACACCAGCCGGUCUCUCUGUCGGAGGCGAAGCUGCUGCUGAAGGAGGACGACUACCUGCUGAAGUCUGUGUACGAUUACUGGGUGAGGAAGAGGAAGAACUGUGGAGCUCCGUCACUGAUUCCUCACAUCAAACAGGAGAGAAGAGAUGGAUCGACGAACAACGACGCCUACGUGGCCUUCAGACGCAGGACGGAGAAGAUGCAGACCAGGAAGAACCGUAAGAACGAUGAAGCGUCCUACGAGAAGAUGCUGAGGCUGAGGAGAGAGUUCAGUCGGACCGUCACCAUCCUGGAGAUGAUCAAGAGGAGAGAGAAGUCCAAGAGAGAGCUGCUGCACCUCACCCUGGAGGUGGUGGAGAGGAGGUGUCAGAUGGAAGAUUUCAGUGGAGAAACUCUCAGAGAGGUUUCACUCCCUCUGGUGGAGAAACCAGUUUACAGCGUCCCAGUUACUCUAAACAACAACAGACACAGAACGGACAUCAAGAUCAAGAAGAAGCUGGUGUCUGACGAGCUUCCCUUUGAUCUGAUCCGACCGAAAAAGAACAUGAGACGGGACAGAUUCUGUCCUCCACAGAGACGACCCUGUCGACCACCCGGUCCCUUCACCGUCAACAAGGCCAACAUCAAACAGUACGACUUCCACAGCUCUGGAGAGGAAGACAGCCCUCCACCUCCACUGUCUCCCCCGUCUUCACCUGAUGAAGAAAAUAAUCCUGAUGGAGUUUAUGUGUUCAGGAGAAAAGCUGGAUGUCAAUAUCUCUCUCCUGAGACGGCGCAGAUGGGUGGAGACGAUCAUCCUCUCCCUCAGUGUCUCCGUCACUCUCUGGCUGAACUGAUUCUGCCUCCUCAUUGGACUGGACUGAGCCGCCGCAGGAUAGGACGG